UGCGGUCUCCCAAAGCAGUAAUAAAUUGGUAUUUGGUUUCGUUUCUACUUCUGAAUUUUGCGAGAAUUUUGGUCUCGGCAUCUGUUCUGAUUUUACCAUUAAAUUAAUUGAAGACGUCUUAAAACACAACUAAAAUGGAAAAGGGUAGUGCUGCUUUGCUCAAGAAAUUACAAGCCGAAUUGGAAUCCUACCAAACGAGCCAAAAAACCUUCAUGAAAUUAGCCAAACAACGAACAAUUCUCGAAGGUCAACUGAAUGAAAACAAAUGGGUACUCGAUGAACUUAAUUUACUUGGACCCGACAACAAGGUGUACAAACUGUACGGCCCGGUUCUUGUGAAACAAGAUCUCGAAGAAUCCCGUCAAAAUGUUGGCAAACGUAUUGAAUAUAUUUCCAAGGAACUCAAAUCAUCGAACAAAACCCUCGAGACCAUGGAAAAGGACAUCGGAAAACACCGUGAGAAUGUGCAAAAACUCCAGCAACAAUACCAGGUCGCUGUUGCAAUGAAAUAAAUUCUCAAUUUAAAUGUUCUGUCUGAUGGCGCAUUAUUUUACCCAAGUGCUUAUUUCGUCUCCCUACUUUUUCACGAUAUCACACAUCAUAAUUUAUUGUUAAGAAAGGUUGAAUGUUGAUAACAAAAAGAAACACUCAAUAAACGUUCUUAAAAACAAAAAAGAAA